AUGUCCUCAAAUCUUUUUAAAGCAACUGUCAAUGAGUAUUUAGAAGAUCUACCGAAAGCUGUUCAACUUAAGCUUUAUGAAGCACCAGCCACGUGUCUUGCCAUUUAUAGACUUCUUUCUUCAAUGGCAAAAUUCUACAUCAUGUCGAUGAUAUUCACCGAAAAGCCUGUGUCCAUGAAGGACUUGACUAAAUGGUGCAAACCUCUGGCGAAAAAGCUUGAGUUUGAUGCGUUAAAACGACUAGAGUCUCUUCAUCUCAUCGAGUUUGAUAGCAAGGGAACGCACCUUCGACUAAACACCAUAUUCCGCACCAAUUUCAGAGACUGCUUGACAGGUUCUCAGGAUCCGAAUGCAUUUGGAAGUGUGAGCACUACAGCGGAUCCAAAUAAGGUGGACUUGGCCUUUCUUGACUCGUUUGCUUCUCAAAAAUGGGAGAGUAUUUUGCAUUUUAUGGUGGGAACAGAGGGAACAAAACCACCUUCAAAAUCAGUGUUGAGCUUAUUGAAACUUGGGGGUUUAAUGGAGCAACAUGAAGAGGAUGGCACUCUCAACAUUACCAAUACUGGCUUUCAGUUUCUUUUGCAAGAUGUCAAUGCGCAGAUAUGGACAUUAUUGUUGCAGUACUUGAACCUUACUCAGGAACUCAACAUGGAUGCAGUGGAUGUGCUAAAUUUCAUAUUUAUUCUCGGUUCAUUGGAGUUGGGAAACAGUUACUCUGUUUCGAAUUUAAGUGAAACCCAGGUGAGCAUGCUUGCUGAUUUGAAAGACUACGGGCUAGUUUAUCAGAAAAGCGACACCUCAAGUCGAUUUUAUCCAACUAGACUUGCUACAACCUUGACUUCGGACUCAGCAGCAUUGAAAACCCCCUCAAUGGCAGUGGAGCAGGCUUUGGAUGAGACGGAGACUUCGUUGGCGUCAUCGACGCAGACGAAAGAGUCUAUCAUUAUUGAAACAAACUUUAAAAUGUAUGCUUAUACCAAUUCACCAUUGGAAAUUGCUAUAUUGAAUUUGUUUGUGCACAUGAAGACCAGAUUUUCAAAUAUGAUUUGUGGUCAAAUAACCCGUGAAUCGAUUCGAAAUGCGCUAUACAAUGGUAUUACGGCAGACCAAAUCAUUAAAUUCUUGGAGACGCAUGCGCACCCACAAAUGAGAGCAUUGGCCAAGGAGAGGUUGGAUAAGAAAGUCGAAUUCGAUGCUAGUCAUAAUAUUAAUACGGCAGGUGGUGCACCUCAAAGUAAAACCGAUGGUGCAAUUUCGCAACACAGAUUGGAAGUGCUCCCACCAAACGUUGUAGACCAAAUAAAAUUAUGGCAGCUUGAAUUGGACCGGAUCCAAACUUUUGACGGGUACUUGUUCAAAGAUUUUGCCAAUCAGCAGGAGUAUGAUAUGUUGUCCAAUUAUGCAGCAGAAAUUGGAGUGCUUAUAUGGGCAGAUAAAGUAAAGAAAAAGUUUUUCGUUACGAAAGAUGGGAUGACACAAGUUGCCGAAUUUGCUAAUAGAAAACUUAGGUAG